AUGGGGGCGAAAGGGGGCCCUGAAAUAAAUAGAGAAUGUCGGGGGACAGUGAUGGCAGCCCCUUUUGAAAAACGACAAAGGGCACAGGUUGUUAUUUGGUUUUCCAUUGUAGAUUUAAACAGCGGAAAAGCACUAAGUGCUACAGUUGUUGCAGACAGUAAUUUUUGCGUAUGUUUUGCUUUUAUGCAGCAUGACGAGAGCAGUCGGAGGCACAUGGAGCAGAUAGAACAACGAAAAGAAAAAGCAGCUGAGCUUAGCAGUGGGAGACACGCUAACACUGACUACGCACCCAAACUUACUCCAUAUGAACGCAAAAAACAUUGUUCUUUGUGCAACGUGUUGAUCACCUCUGAGGUCUAUCUCUUCAGCCACAUAAAAGGGAGAAAACACCAACAAGCUGUACGGGAGAAUAGCAGCAUUCAAGGACGGGAACUGUCAGAUGAAGAAGUGGAACAUCUAUCCUGCAAGAAGUACAUUACAGACGUUGUGACUGAGACCUGUGUGCACCCUGAGACAUCAAAGGAUGCAGAAGAGAAGCAGAAAGUCAGGAAGAAGGCCAAGAAACUUCGAGCGCGCAUGAACUCCAGAUUUGCUUUCUUGUCCCUAUCAAGUGUUUCUCUGCAUCAUUCUGGCAGUGAAAAUAAGCAGGCAGGUGAUCUGCUCCCAGGCACAAAUGCUGCCUUCUUCACCAUUGAUCCAAGAUGGCAGGCGGUGAAGUGA